AGUGAUGAAAUCACGAACGAAUCGAGAAAUUUUAUUGCCAUACGAAUUAAGAAACGCUGAUAAAUUAUUAAUUAUUUAUUUGCUGUUAAAAAUACACAACAUAUUAUCAGCGCGUUAGACUAAUAAUCAGUGCAUCUGUCUUGAGCAUGCCGUAACACCCUUCUCUCAAGCUCACAGGAAGAAGGCAAGCUGGACCCACAUGUAGGAAAUAGCACAUCCACAAUUGUAAGUGAUGGACCUCUUCCUGACCAUCCUGGGGGAAAUGAGGUGAAAAUAAGCAGCUCACCCAUCUUUUGUCAUGCUGGAACCAUUACAGAUCUUUGUAACGAGUCUGUUCUAGCAGAGGUGGAAUUAGAAAGUAUUGUACAGGAGCAACUUCCAAGGUAUAGCCUACGGGCUGAUACUAUAACUGAGUUUUCAGGAUACAAGAACAACGACUGGAUUCAAACACCUGUUUUGCCUGUUGAGAACGAUCUUGACUUAAGUCCAGAGUUUGUCGGAGGCCUCUUUGGAUAUUUCCUCUCAUGUGGAGGUCGCUUAAGCCAGAUGACCAAGGCAUACAAUGAUAUUGAAGCCGUGACUAAGCUAUUAGAGGAGAAAGAGGGAGACCUUGAAUUAGCAGCUCGUAUUGGUCAGACUCUGCUUGAUAAAAACAAAGAUCUUCAACAGAAGAAUGAACAGCUGGAGCAUGACCUUACUAUAGCUAAUGAAAAUAUCACUCAGCUACGUCACGAUUUAGCUCUUAAGAAUGGCCUAUUGCAGAUCUACACCCAAGAUCUUGAUACUGACUCUGAGUCCGGGUCACCAACGAAGGAAAGGGGAAUGGUCAACUGGGAACUACUGACUAGAAAAGUGCAAGACUUGGAGAAGGAGAACAUACAACUCAGACAGGAUGCUGUUAUGCAAUCUGUCAGUAUUGAAGAAGAAGAAAAGAAAGAAAUGCAGCUGAUCAAUGACUUUGUUAAAGAACUUAAUGACCUCAGGGUGCAGAAUAUUUCACUACAGGAAGACCUGGGGAAAAAAGUUGAUGAUAACUAUAGACAGCAAGAAGAAAUAACACACCUGUUGACCCAGGCAAUUGACCUUCAGCGUAAAGUUCGCUUAUUGACAACAGAAAAUGAAGAGCUUCAGACAAGUCUUCAGACCUCAAAAGAGUGCCAAAAUGAACUUUCCCAAGAACUGAUUGAUAUGAAGGAAAAAUAUGCAGAACUUGCUGAUGCUUUCCAGGAACUCCAGGAAGAAGUCAGAAAAGUUUGCAGAAAUCGUCUCCCGAAAGCCAAGCGAUGGACAUUUGAGCAUAGCACAUCUUUAAUCAACCCAGACUCAUUGGCAUCAGAACUCGAAAGCUCUGUUAAUCCAGACAGUGAUGGUUACAUCUCUGAUGAAAAGAUGUCCCGUAAUAAAAGAGUAUUCCAGACAGUUAAAUUAGCUGGAAAAUCAAAGUUUGGCAGAUCUCGACGACAAGACUCAGAACGGGCACCAUACACCCCAGACAUGAGUCCACACCUAUGUCUACCCAAACAUUCUCAGCCAGUGUCACUUACUGUAUGGUCUAGAGCAUCUUUUAUGAAUGAUGGAUCUCUAUCUGAUUCUGAAUCUGCCUAUGCAGACAGUUACCAGACAGAUGAUGAUGGCCAGUUCUCGUCUAUUAGCAGUUUGGGAAGGCCUGGAGCUCCUGGUUCAACUGACUUUGAGGCAGCUCUUCGUCGUAUGAGUAGUGGAGUUGCAACAGGCACAGACACCUCGAGUGAAGAUGAAACUGCACUCAUCCGUUGUCAUUCCCCAGACUCUCUAAUGUCUGGUCCUCGAUAUGGAACUAAUGCCUCUACUUUUCGCCGCUACCAUAUCCCAGAGAAGCUACAGAUCAUCAAACCUUUAGAAGGUUCACAGACUCUCCACCAUUGGCAACAACUUGCCACCCCUCACCUAGGAGGAAUAUUUGAAGAUCGACCGGGGGUGCAGAUUAAAGGGGAGCACCGUAUGCCUGAACUAGAACCAGAAACCUUCACUUUAAGUGAUCUGGAGGAAGAUGAAGAUUUUUCCAAUCCUGGGAAAAGUUUUGUCAACACCUGUUCUGUCUAUACAUAUACAAAUUCUACCGUUCUUCAUCCUACUGAUCAGACAAGAGUUACACCAAGUUACCUUGGAUUACAGUUGGCGGUGAGAGCCAUGUCUCAGCCUCCCUCCACAUUGAACAGCCCGGAACAACGGCAUGAACAAGCAACUAGCACAUACAGUACAAUGUUAGGAUUGGCCAAGGUGCUUAAUGAAAGAGGAAUCCAUGCCAUUGUACCUACUGCUUCAACCUCUCAGGAAAAGGAGGUCUCUCCAACUCCAACUCCUACCCCAUCACCAGAUGGUUCUCCACCUCCCUAUGGCCUUGUUAAGAUUCCAGACCUUUUAACUGGAUCAGCUAUAAGACGAAAACUACACCUCUUUCGUACUCCUCGUUCCCAGAAACAAUGUAGUGUUUCUACAGCUGUGGCAUCAGGAACUCUGACAACAGAUGAUAAAACAUCAACUACAGUUGUAGGUUCAUCAGGUAAUCCUUCUAUUGGUCUAAUGGAGAAGCUGAGUCAGAUUGGCUUGGAGAACAUCAUGACUACAACAGGUUGUGGGGUUGCUUCCUAUCCACAGAGUUCUCGAAGAUCCCGUCUACCUUCACCUUAUGGCCUCAGCUCCAUCCCAGACUCUUCUCCCCUCACUCUUACUGCCAAUGUACAGCCAGAAAGUGAGAUCCUAGAACGUCAGUCUGAUAAUAGCCAAGGAAGACUUGAACCCCUCAAAACUCCAGCAACAACAGUGUCUACUUUGUCUCAUCCAUGGGGAUAUGUUCCUCCCAUGGUGUUUGGAAAAGGUGCAGGACUUACCCCUGCUAUCUCUCCACCAUUGUCCCGUAUGCCUAACCCUUUAUUACAGAUUAACAGCUUGCGGCGGUUUGGUGUUGGAAAUCAACAUAUUGGUACCUUGGAAACACUCCGCACACUCAGGAAAGGAGGCUUUACCUAGCUAAUCACUGAAAUAUAUUUCAGUGUUUAUUUUUAGCUAGACGUUAGCAGUAUUUUACUAUUUUGGUGCUGCGAUAGUAAUCUUCUGAAAUACAGCUAGAUAUAGUAUUAUCCAAGAUUCCUAUACUAAUGUGUAGCUCACCGUUAUUUUAUUGUGUAAUGUAUGUGAGGUAAUUUUUGUAGAGUAACACAAGGCUGUGUUAAUUUUACAUUAUUUAAUUACUUGGAAAACUAGAUUAAUAAAUGUAAGUUAUGCUAUAAAUAGUUAAAGCUAUUGUUCUAAUAUCUUCUCAUUAAUCAAAACUGUCAGCAAUGGUUAAGUUAUAAAUGUAAAAUAAACUACUAUAAACAGUGUAAACUUUUAUUGUGCAAAUAUGGAGUUAAUGCUAGACAGUAACUAUUGAAGUUUAAUAUUUCAACAUACAUAAAAUAUAAGAGUAAGUGUAGUAAAGGUAGUUUUAGGUUUGUUGCAUUUCUAAAGUCUAGUUGAAACUAAUGAGUUUUACCUUUUUACUUUUAAUAUACAUUUCAACUAGUCAAGGUUUUCCUCCUCAUAAAGUGGUUGUGAUCACACUUAAAGUUUGAGGGUUGAAAAAGAAAAAUUACAAGACAGUAGACACUGUUGAAGUAGUACAGUCAGAAGGAAAUUUAUAAGUAGUGACCAGUGGUGAUCCAGAAAAUAUGAAUUGUAGGGAACAAUAUUUAUGAGUGUAAGAAUGUGCACAGAGCAGUCAGAAUUUUAUUUGUUUUCAUGCUACUGACACCAAUGUUUUCAGCCCAGCUGAGCAAUGAGUGAUACGUGGUUAAAUAAAGGCAGCUAGGAUCACAUUGUUAUUUCUUGUUACUGUACUGUUUUUUUUAGUACUUUUUGAGAUUGUAGAAUGUAAGAUUCACUUGUCCUCUUUAGUUUUUGAUGUAAUGACCAACUCUUUACAAGUAUUUUAAAGUUGUAUGAGUUUUCUUGUUUUCUGUAUUCACAUUCGUUUUUAUGAUUGAGAUUUUUCUGAAAGUCUUUAAAAGUAGAUUACCUCAAAAAAAGGAAUGAAUUAUUUGGCAUUUGUGUUAUCAGUCCAAGUAAGUUACUCUUUAGUGUUAGUUUAGCAUUAAAUAGAAACACAGUGGAAAAUUUUAGUCUCUAAAUUGUAUUGGAAUAUAAUCAUAAUAUCUUUCUAAAUGAUUUGAGUUGUUACUGAUUGUCCAGUUUAGUAGCAGAUAAGUUCUGACAUCUUGUCUUGAUUUUUGUCUAAUAAUUGGCACAAUUAACUUAAAAUGAAAAGUGAAGAAAGCAUCUGGAGUUUCUUAGCGUUAUUGACCACAGGUCAUAGUUUUUGAUGCUUUCUUCACUUUUUCAAAUAUUUUUCAACAAAUUGCAAAGUGUCAGAGAACCAUUUAUUGAAUUGGACUGCUCACAGGCAAGUUUUUGUUUGAAAGUCAAGGAAAAUAACUGCUGCUAAAUAAUUUUUAAGCAAACCAUAAGCAGGGCUUAAAAUUACAGUGUUUAGCCAGUGGUCAUCAAAGGGCACUGAUAAUCCAGCAUGAUUCUGAAUGUUAAUAUUAGUUAUAAAAAAUUAUCUAAGUUAUUAAAAAAAGUGUCUGUAAGCACAACAUUUAUGGAUAAAACUUCAUUACAGUAGUCAAUUCAUCCAUGUCCAAUAGCUUGUUGCUCAGCAGGAUUCCCCAAAGUUUAAAAUAAUAAGGAAUAAAAAUAAAACACUAUACGUGUUUUAGGUUUUAUAAAAAAAAUUUUGUCUUUUCAUAUCAGGAAAUGUAAUUAUUAUCAUAAAUGUAAUGUAUAGUUGACAGUAUUUUAAGAAAAAUAUGAAAAUAUAAAAUGUAACACUUUCUGGAAAUUCAUAUGAGCUGACUAAUUAUACUCACUAAAGUCAUGCAACUUUAAAUCUUGUUUGCUAAUUUAGCUUGCACUUUGGUGAGUAACUUGAAAAGAAUCUUGCAAACAGUGCUCUAAAAAGUUAAUUUUCAGCCAAGGUAUGUUAAAAAUUGUGUUGUCAACUAUAGUGGACUAAACAGGCCAUUAUCACACAGUAAUCAUGGUAUAACUGCAGGAUAACUACUUUUAUGUCACUUGCAUAAAAUAAUUUAGUUCUGUCUUACAGUAAGCAUAAUGAAGUGUUAUAUACCUUCUGAAUCAGAUAUAAUAUUUAGGAAAGAAAAAACACUUAGCUUCAGUUUUGAUUAAUAUUUUCUUUUUCUGCAAAGUCUGGGUCAGGAUUAUUAAAUUUGGUAAGUUUUAAAAAAUUGAAGGUCAGUAAAUUAUGACUGAAGAAUUUAAGGCUUUCAAGCAUUCCCUUCAAAAGUGCAAGAAGUUUAGUGCUCCAGACUUGUUAACACAAUCUUAUUUUAAAGAAGAUCUGAUCAAGGUAUUGCUUUUAUUAUGGAAUGAAGUUUAACAUGAUACACAGAAGUAUAUUUAAGUGUUUUAGGUUACAGCAUUCUUCAUUUUGGGGAAUGAAAGGGGGUGGCAUCCCUUGCCUCUGGAGCCACAGUGGCACAUGUCACAAAAAACCAAAACCAAGAAACUUAAAUCCAAGUAGAAUGAAACAAGCAUUCUUCUUGGCAAACUCCUCAUGCUGGGUUGAAAGGCAGUUGUGUCUUAUGUAGAUAUUGAAUAGUUACACACAUAUUGGUACAACCUGUUUUUCAAUUUUCUACUGAAUUUGUGGUCCUUAUAAGGUGUUUUGGACUAAAGGCUUAAAUUUCUAUUUGUAGGAAUUUCAAAAUUUUGUAACGUUUAAACUGUAAGGAACUCAUUUGAGGUGUUGCAGCAUGAGCAGUUUGAUGUAUGGAUUAUUGGUUCAGCAAUACAUGGACUGUCAUGGCUUGAUUAGUCCUUCCCAUCUUUCAUCUAAACUAGGGAAUAGAUGAUAGCUCAUGCUGUUCAUGACUGUGUUUGCUGAACCCCAUGCGUUCUGAUCGAUCAUAUGUUUUCAAACUCAUUUUACAGGAAUUGGUUGAAAUUGACAUCAAAAUUAUGGUGAAAAUCAUGUGGUCGUGACGACAUGCAACAAAAAAAUCCAAAGAAACUGAACUUAUUGUACAUUAUGUAACCGAGUUUAAAAAUUUGAAAUAUCUUGAAAUGAUGUAACUGAAAUAAAACCUCAAAUAAUGCUUCUGUUAGGAUUUUUUCAAGGUAUUUCAGGCAUUUUUAAACACAUUUAUAGAAUAUUAUUUGCACAGAGUUUCAUACUGGAAACUUUCAGGUAACAACAAUGUAAAAAUUAUUGUUUUGUGAUUAUAGUACGGAUGGUGUUAAUAAAUGAACAGUGUGAGUUGUUGAACAUUUAAGAGUCCUGCAAAAAAAAAAACCUGGAAUUUUUAUAUGUGAGUGUGAUCCAACUUGAUUUAAAAUGCUUCACAAGUUAUAAACAAUACGAAUACACAUGUGUGUAAAGAUUUAUCAAAAAACUCAGUUUGAUUAAUGUUCAAAAGUACAGAAUGCCAUAAAAGAAACUGUUCAAGCCACCAGGCUUUACUAGAAACAUCUGCAUGUUUUGGUGGGUCAAAGACCCACCAUCAUUAGAUAGGAAACAUCAUUACUGGAAUGUUGGUAAACAAGGAAAGCACAUCUAAAGAUGCAAGUUGAUCUUUUGAUGUCAAAUUAUCCUCCUUAAUUUUCUUAAUAAAAUCCAAAAAAAGUUAUUAGCAAUAAGGGUGUGUGAGAGUUACCCAAACAAGCACACUUUCUAACAAUAAAUUUGGCAGUUAAAUGUGAAUGCAGUAAGUCCUGCAAUAGAGUUUAAUUUAGAAAUAGAACAAAUUAAAAACUUAAAUUUCUUGAUACUGUAAUGGUAACUGUAGUUUAAAAAAAAAAAAAAAAAUAUUGUUGCCAUGCUGCCACACAAGAGAUCAUGUCACCCUUAAUCUCAAAAUAAUGUUAGCUUGUACCACAUUUGUAUACAGGGCCUUAAGUAUUUGUUCAUAUGAAUAAGAUUUAAUAUCAGAAUUGAAUUCUUAAAAACAUAUUGCCAUUGACAGAGUACUUAAUAGUAACGUUAAUGAUAGAAUUUAUAAUAAGUAUUAUAACAGUUUAAAAAUUUCAUGGUGUACUAGUCUUAAGGUUACUAAGGUUGAUAGUAAGAAUAUUGUUCUGCCAUAAGUUCAAAUGAUCUUCCUAUACAUGUUUAAUGUGUUUAAGAAAUAACUGUCUGGUAAAGUUUUCACUAUGGGUGAAACCGCACUUCAUGGCUAAUCUUAAAGAUAAAAUCACAUUAAUAAAUACGUGUGACAUUUACAAAAUUUCUUGUAACUGUGGUGUAAUUUGUGUUGGCCAAACAUUUAGAAAUUUAGAAUUUGAAUAAAAAGAACAUAACUCAGUUAUGGAAGAACAAAAAAUAAAUGAAUCAGCUUUAGCAGAACACAUAACUAACAGUCCUUUUUCCCACAGUGUUUGAAUAAUAUUAAAUUGAUUAAAUAUACCAUUAACAAAUAUGAACUAAAUAUAAUAGGAUCAUUAGAAAUGUUUACAAAUAUGAAUUUAACUUUAAAAAGAAAUGUGGUUCCAAGGAUUGUAAAAUUCAUUUCUGGGAAUGAUUUUUUGAUGAAAGAUAAUAUUUGCCAGCUCCGUGUAUGUGUGUGUGUUCAAUAUAUUUGCAUUAUGCAAAAUAGUAAGAUACAAAUAUCAAAAUGGUAUUUUUUAAUGGUGUUUCUGUGACCCAUUGAAACAUGUACAUAUUUUCUUUAAGGCCCUGGUGCUUUCAACAGUUUUUUUUAAAGUACUGUGGACUUUUAAACAUUGUUGAAACUUAAUUUGUUGUUGUUUUUUCAUAAAUAAUGCCUCGUGAGAAAGAAAAAGUUUCCGGUUGACACGUACAAGUGACUGCUCUGUGCUCUGUAUUCAGUUGAUAAACAGAAAUAAAGUUUUUUCAACUGAA